AUGUCUAACUUUAAUUCAAGAUCCCGCGAGCAUUCGAAUAGUGGGAACGCUCGGAAUCGUCCUUCUUUUUCUUCAGCGAGGACUGCAUCAAGCUCAAAUACCUUAACGUCGCUGACAGUACUGGAGCCUAACAGCACAGAGCCAUAUUCCGGAGCUACGUUUGAAACAGUGCCAAGUUCAAUUGUCUCUUUUCAUCACCCACACUCCUUUCAAUCAUCUAAUAGUCCACUUCAUGGGAGCACAACAGCCUCCGCUGAAGGAAGCAGGCGUGCCUCGUCCGAGGCUGAAUCGCUCCUCUCAAACCACCGUUCAAGAUCCAGAAGUUCAUCUAGAGCACCUCAAUUCAGAUUCUUCACAGAAGAGCAGAUAGAAUCUGCAGAGGGUGCAUCUUCCACGGUGGAAUUCGCCGACUAUGACAUCAAUUGGGAUGCAACUCCGACGUACGAACAACAAAGGCUAAACUACAGGCAAAGAUCGGGGAGGUCCUCACUGCGCAGCGCCACGGGCUACUCACUUAAUUCUGAUAGAUCAAGGUCAUCGGCUAAUUCGGGAGGAUAUGGUUCUCACGGAGGUAUAGAUAACCGCGGCCGUGACUUGAGAUCUCCUUCCAUUUCCGAACAUGUAUACGGAACAUCCCCCCAAUCGUCCUCAAGCUCUUCCCAUUAUAGCUAUAGGGACAGAAUACCUGCUGGGAUUGAGGAUGAUGAGAGCCAAUUGUCAAUGCAUAGUUCCCACUCGUCUGAAAUCAACCAGUCAGAAAUUGGUCUGUUUGAAGAGGAUGAGCAUGUUUCUACCCAAGACCAGGCUUCAGACUUGAAAAAAAAAACAUCAUACCAUGCAGAAUACUUAAAGCCUGAAUAUCAUGAUAGAUUCUUUCCACAGCAUGUUCCUCACUUACAUUAUCAACGGUUCUACAUUGCAGAGGAAGAUUUGGUAGUAGGAAUAGCGGGCUACAAAACUUCGAAAUUUCGCUUAUAUGCCUAUUAUCUACUAUCCGUUUUGACUGUUGGCUUUUUAUAUUUAUUCACGAGGUGGAUUCCACGUUAUAAGGUUAGAUUCUACGGUAUCAAAACUCCAUUGGCCAAGGCAGAGUGGGUUGUAGUAGAAAAUGAAUUUGGUGAAUUGUCAAUCAUAGAGGUUGAUAGAAGGUGGUACAAUAGGCCGCUUAGUACUUUAUUACCGUUAGACAGAGCUGCCGAUGAUAAUGACAGCCAACAUGCUCAUCACCAUCGGCAUCAUCACGAAAGUGAGAACAACCCAAAUAUCCCCAUACUGAUAUCAUUCACUUAUAGAUAUUUCAACCUAAUAUACACACCAUUGGGGGAUAUUUUCAAAACAAAUAGCUCCUGGACGGACGCAGACUGGCUCGAUUUACAAACCAUUCAAAAUGGACUUUCAUCAUCUGUUGUUGAAGAUAGGGUUCUUGCAUUUGGGAAGAAUAACAUUAACCUCAAGCAGAAAACCACGGCACAGAUUUUAUUUGAUGAAGCUCUUCACCCAUUUUAUGUCUUCCAGAUUUUUUCCAUUAUUCUGUGGCUGAUGGAUGACUAUUAUUACUAUGCUGCAUGCAUCUUCUUGAUUUCAAUCUUCUCCAUUUUGGAUACACUUAUUGAAACAAAGAAAACUUCCAGAAGGUUAUCUGAAAUUUCACAUUCACACUCCGAAGUACGUGUAUAUAGGGAUGGGUUCUGGGUCCAGCUUGCAUCUUCAGAACUUGUGCCAGGUGAUAUUUACGAAGUGUCUGACCCCUCUCUACAUUCCUUCCCUUGUGAUUCUAUUUUACUUUCGGGUGAUUGCAUAGUAAACGAGUCAAUGCUUACUGGUGAAUCUGUCCCAGUUUCGAAGUUGCCCGCUACGAUUGGAACAAUUCAACAGCUGUUGGAUGAUUUCCAAAACACUCAAAUUUCAAGUCAUUUAGCUAAGUCCUUCCUAUUCAAUGGAACCAAAAUUAUCCGGGUCCGUAUAACCAAAGGAAACGCACUGGCUCUGGCCAUGGUAGUCCGCACCGGGUUUUCAACAACAAAAGGGUCGCUUAUUCGCUCCAUGGUGUUUCCCAAACCUACAGGAUUCAAGUUUUAUCAGGAUUCAUUCAAGUAUAUUGGAUUUAUGGCACUUAUUGCACUGAUGGGGUUUUCAGUUAGCUGUAUUAAUUUUAUUCGUCUGGGGCUUGAUUACAGGACAAUGGUCCUACGCGCUCUUGAUAUCAUAACGAUUGUUGUUCCACCAGCCUUACCAGCAACCCUUUCGAUUGGGACAAGUUUUGCCAUGACUCGCUUAAAGAAAGAUGGCAUUUUUUGUAUAGCUCCAACACGAGUAAACGUUGGGGGCAAAAUCGAUGUAAUGUGCUUCGAUAAGACAGGCACGUUAACGGAGGAUGGACUAGAUGUUUUGGGUGUUCAUGUAUCUCAACCUCAAGGUCACCAGAAAUUCAAAUUUAGUGGCCUUAUUGAAAAUGUUUAUGGUCUUUUCAACAAAUUUUCCUUAAAUGAUUGUAGCUCCCCACUUGAUUUCAAAUCCAGAAAUCUUCUACUUGCUCUUUUGACAUGUCAUUCAUUGCGUUUGGUAGAUGGUGAGUUAUUGGGUGAUCCUCUUGAUUUCAAAAUGUUUCAAUUUACCAAUUGGGCUUACGAAGAAGACUUUCAAAAUCAAAAGUUCCACUCUCUAAAUGAAGAAAGAUACGAUUCUGAUACUCUUCCAGAAAACACUGGGAUAACUCCAGCGAUUGUGCAUCCAAAUGCAAGUAAGACAGAUAAUAAAUUUACUGACAAUGACCCUCACAACUUUCUAGGCGUCGUUAGGAGCUUUGAAUUUUUGUCCAAUUUGAGGCGUAUGAGCGUCAUCGUUAAGCCAUACAGUGAAAACGUGUUUUGGAGUUUUACCAAAGGCGCACCUGAGGUGAUUUCCGAAAUAUGUAACAGAAGCACUUUGCCUUCCGAUUACGAGGACAUUUUACACCAUUACACACAUAAUGGUUAUAGGGUUAUUGCAUGUGCCGGUAAAAUUUUACCCAAGCAUACUUGGAGAUAUGCUCAGAAAGUCACACGUGAGGAGCUAGAGUCAAACUUAGACUUCUUGGGAUUCAUUGUGUUUGAAAACAAACUUAAAGCAUCAACCAAAUCUACUUUGUCAACCUUGAGAGAAGCUAACAUUAGAACUGUAAUGUGCACCGGUGACAAUGUUCUCACUGCUAUCUCGGUUGGCAGAGAAUCUGGACUAAUAACGGAAUCUCAUGUAUUCGUUCCUCAAGUGAAUGAAAAUGUUGGCCCUGAUGAAGACCUCUUAAUAUGGCAGGAUGUGGAUAAUGCUGAUUUGUAUCUCGACGGGGUGACGCUUGAACCACUGGACAAAACUCUCGAUUUCACGCUUGCAAUUACUGGCGAGGUUUUUAGACUAUUAUUCAAAAACAACGAGGUUUUGCCUGCGUCAUACAUCAAUACAGUUUUACUAAGAUCGUCUAUUUAUGCCCGAAUGUCUCCUGAUGAAAAACAUGAACUAGUGGAACAAUUACAAACCUUAGAUUAUAUUGUGGGAUUUUGUGGGGAUGGUGCAAAUGAUUGUGGUGCAUUAAAGGCCGCAGAUGUUGGUGUUUCCCUGUCAGAAGCAGAGGCAUCAGUUGCAGCUCCUUUUACAUCGAGAAUUUUUGAAAUUAGCUGUAUUCUGGAUGUCAUCAAGGAAGGCCGAGCUGCCUUGACAACAUCUUUUUCAUGUUUUCAGUAUAUGAGUCUUUACUCUGCCAUUCAAUUUGUUACCGUCACUAUUCUUUACAGCAGGGGAACAAACUUGGGUGAUUUUCAGUUUUUGUACAUUGAUCUGUUCUUAAUUGUCCCGAUCGCUAUUUUCAUGUCCUGGUCUAAGCCAUACCAUAAAUUGGUGAAAAAACGGCCCUCAUCUAAUUUGGUUUCUCCAAAGAUCUUGAUACCCUUGAUUGUGAAUAUUUUUAUUGUCCUCGUAUUUCAGGUGAUUCCAUGGCUCCUUGUUCAGCACACGCACUGGUAUGUGAAGCCAGUGGUUGGGGGUGAUGAUGCUGUUGAGUCUUCUGAUAAUACUGUUCUAUUUUUCAUCUCAAAUUUCCAAUAUAUUAUGACUGCUGUUGUAUUAUCAGUUGGCCCCCCAUAUCGCGAACCAAUGUCAUGCAAUACAGGAUUCAUACUGGAUGUCCUUGUUUCGCUCUUUCUAAGCGUUCUACUAAUGUCUGUAUCUCCGCAAUCGUUUAUUGGAAGGCUUUUCCAGCUAACCUCAGUGUCUAAGAAGUUUAAGCUCUCUAUUAUUUUGUGGGCAGUUCUGAAUUACUUUGUCCAACUGUAUCUGCCCCAGAGAUUUAAAGGACUACUAAGAAAGAAACAAAGCAGCAAAAUGUACAAAAAAAUUGCCAAUCGCGAAGCACAUGCGUACAUGGUUUAG